GGAAUGUAGGGUGGAGACUGAAGAUUGGUCAGCCCUGAGUGUACUCGGAACUUUUCGUUAAAACACCCUUUUGACAAGCUCAACGUCGGACUUUUGUUAUACGUUGGUUUUGAGAAGGUAAAGUGUUUAGCACAGGAACCAGCUUAAAAGCUGCUGAUGUGUUAUCUGUACUGUGAGUUUGUUUUGGGACGAGGAUUGUGUUGGGAGAGCAUACUUUGGAGAUGGGAAUAGCUAACAUUCAGAAAAUUGGCUGGAAUUCCCACAUCUUCAUUCGCAGUCGUCCUUUGAACCACCUCUUCCCCCGACCCGGAGCUGGGGUCAGAAGACUGGGCCAGGUUAGCUCCAAUCCUUCUGCUGUGCCAUACAAGCCACUAGGGGUUGCACGGCCUUUUGAAUGUUAUUGUUGAUGCAUAUGCAACCGAGAGGAAAAAUACAUCAUGAAUUUGUGGCCUAAAAGUUUGGAAUAUCAGAGGACAUGAAGUUCACCUUUUAACUCAAAGUUAACAACUUUUCUAAAGUGUUGGAAGCCACCCCGUCACUUGAACAGUGUUCAAAUAGUUAACCUGAAAAUUAGUGAAGAAAUGUGAAAUCGAAGUCCCUCUUUUUCAAAAGAACGUGGAACUGAAGCAAUUUUGUGAAGUUAACUUUAUAACUUAGUCUGAUUUAGCUGACAAGAUGAUUGAUUUGAGUCACCUGACAGAGGAGGAGCAGGCAACUAUCAUGAGGGUGCUCCAGAGGGAUGCAGACCUGCGAAAAGUAGAAGAAAAGAGAGUUAGAUAUUUGCAAGAAACUUCAGUUGAAAAUGAAAUCCAACGCAAGAAUAUGACUGGCGAGUGGUUUUAUAAAGCCAAGGCAAAGAGGCACAAAGACACGUUACAUGGAGCUGAGCUAAUCCAAGCAUCAAUGCAGAAGAAGAAACCCAUGACUAUCUAUGAACGUCUCCAGUCUAAAGAGUUAAAGGAGAAAUCCAAAAUCCGCAUGAGCAAUGCUGAAAGAGCUAUCUUCAUACCUCCUGAGCUUUCUGUUUUCCUAGAAGAGCCUAAGUUAGAAGAACCUAAAACAAGUACAACUUCAGACAAAAAUAACAGAGCUCCUCAACAGCAACAGACACCAAGGCAGAACAUGCUUUCACCAGGAAAGCAAAGAGAAAACCCUUUCAACAAAUCAUUUUUGGAAGAUGAUAUUCCAAAUGGAGGAGAAAGACCACAGCUAUCUGCUGGAACAGAGUCAACAUCUAUGACUCCUGUAGCAGAGAGGUUAUCUCAACCAAAGGAUAAUGUUUCCAGAUUACAUUCUCCCUCAAAUGAAUUUCAUGAAACUACGAAACCAUCUCCUGCAGAGGAUAAUAAUCAUUCAGCAAGGCAUCCAGUGCCAAAGCUAAGGACUAAUUCUUACAAACUGCAAGACUCUGUAACCUAUGGUGAUCAACUUCACACUGCACCAGGACACACAAAUUGGAAUAGCUUUAGUGGCAACUCCACAACUCCUAAGAGCAUUUUGAAACGUAGCCCAAGUUCAAGCUCCAAUGAUUCUGAAAUUCUACACAUCAGUGUUCAGGACUCAAGGAUCAAGAUACCUGCCUCUCCUCAAACCAUUCCAGAAGGACCAACAGAGAUGAAUACAGCUGUUGAGAGUGAAGAAUUGCUUAUACCCAAUAGUCUUGAAAGGUCAAAGCAAGUGAGAUUCUCUACAAAUGUAGAUGAAAAGAUGAUAUUACAGUCACUAGAGCCUUAUAGUGCAAACAAAACUUCCAAAAUUGGUGAAGAUUCUCUUCUAGACACUGAUUAUUUGGAGGAAACAGAUGAAGAAAAUGGAGGCAGAACAGACAGCACAGAAGAAAAUGGAGGCAGAACAGACAGCACAGAAGAAAAUGGAGGCAGAACAGACAGCACAGAAGAAAAUGGAGGCAGAACAGACAGCACAGAAGAAAAUGGAGGCAGAACAGACAGCACAGAAGAAAAUGGAGGCAGAACAGACAGCACAGAAGAAAAUGGAGGCAGAACAGACAGCACAGAAGAAAAUGGAGGCAGAACGGACAGCGCAGAAGAAAAUGGAGGCAGAACGGACAGCGCAGAAGAAAAUGGAGGCAGAACGGACAGCGCAGAAGAAAAUGGAGGCAGAACGGACAGCGCAGAAGAAAAUGGAAGCAGAACGGACAGCGCAGAAGAAAAUGGAAGCAGAACGGACAGUGCAGAAGAAAAUGGAGGCAGAAUGGACAGUGCAGAAGAAAAUGAAAAUCAACAUAAGGCCAAUGGGUUUUCUGAUUUGCAUAAUUUAUCUUCUUUACAAACAGAGCCAUUGUACCUGAACCAAGCUGAUGAUGUUAUGUCCAACUCAGACUUUCAGUCCAAGCCUGCAACAAAUUAUACAAAUAGUCACUUAGCAAGUUAUGGUUCUGGUAAGCCAACUAACCAAGUCCACGAAAUGGGCACUGGUGAGAUACUAAUGGAAAAUGAAGCCAACAGAAGAUUGAAUCCUGCAUCAAAUCUGUCCUUUCACAAUGUUGAUAAGUGGAUACUUCACACUGACUUUGAGUCUCCUCAGGUGUCUAAUCAGCAGCCUACAAAAAUAUCCGAAGGUGAGGAAGAAGAAAUGUUCCCUUUGGUUUUGAGAAGAAACUCACAUACAAAUGAAACUUACAAAAGUCUAGAAGAUAUCAAUGGCGUCUCCUCAAUGCCAAGUACAUUGGAUUCUACAAACAAAGAAAUGAUCCUCAGUGCUCAAAAUGUUUCCACUAUUCCAGCAUCACCAGAAAACACACUUUUGCAGUCAAAAAGAAUGAAGCGGCUAAGUAAGUCAGUACCUGCAUUUCCAGAGAAUGAUGAUGCAGACUCAGUGUUGGAAAGCAGCUUCCAGAUGGACAGGCAUGGGACAAACACAAGUUCUCUAACAAACAUUAGCAACUCUUCUGGCAUGGCAUCAAGAUCCUCUGUUAGUGGAAGUACAAUGAGCGUCUACAGUGGUGACUUUGGAAAUAUUGAUGUCAGAGGGAAGAUUCAAUUUUCCUUGGAUUAUGUAGACAAGUUGAAGGAGUUCCAUAUUUUUGUGGUACGCUGCUCAGACCUAGCUGCCGCUGAAGAGAAGAAAAAUCGAUCUGAUCCAUAUGUGAAAAGUUACCUACUUCCAGAUAAAAUUAAAAUGGGUAAAAGGAAAACAUCAGUGAAAAAGAAAUCGUUGAAUCCAGUCUACAAUGAAGUACUAAGGUAUAAAAUUGAAAAAGCAACUCUCAUGGCUCAGACCCUGAAUCUUUCUGUUUGGCACAAUGACACAUUUGGCCGCAACAGUUUUCUAGGUGAAGUGGAAGUAGAAUUGAAAAAGUGGGAUUGGAGCAACAAGAAAAUGGACUGGCACAAACUGAAACCAAGGACACUUUCAGUUAACAGGAUGGAUGACAGGGGUAGCUUAAAAGUGGCUUUCCGCUACAUUCCUCAGGGACAAGGAGGAAAAAAAACAGGUGAAGUUCAGAUUUGGGUGAAGGAAGCCAGUAAUUUACCACAGAUUAGGCCAAAUCGUUUGGAUCCAUUUGUUAAAUGCUUCAUUCUUCCAGACACGAGCAGAAAAAGUCGUCAGAAGACUCGAGUUGUGAAGAAAAACAGAAAUCCUGUAUUCAAUCACACCAUGGUUUAUGAUGGCUUCAGGACUGAAGAUCUUAAGGAUGCAUGUGUUGAACUUUCGGUCUGGGACCAUGACAAACUGCUGAAUCACUUUCUUGGAGGACUAAGGAUUGGCCUUGGCACAGGUAAAAGUUAUGGUCAGGCAGUAGACUGGAUGGAUUCUACAGAAGAAGAAGUAUCUGUAUGGGAUAAAAUGAUUACCCACCCAAAUACUUGGAUCGAGGAUGUGCUUCCUUUGAGAAUGUUGAUGCUUAGCAAAAUGUCAGGAAACUAAACUGAAUAUUUUACAAAACCGGCGAAAGUCAUUUCACAAAUUGGUAUACCAAAAUUCAUACUAGUUCUCUAAUGUGGAAGAAAAGUGUCUUUGUUUGUGACCAGUUGCCUAACAAACAUAGUUUGUUAAAGGAAAAGACAAAGCUAUAUGUUACUAUCUGAAAAUAAAUUUUACAGUGCUGGGAUAUAAUAUUUCAGUUUGAAUAGCAAUUUGAAAUUGAAGAUUCAAAUUAACUUCAGUCUGAUGCCAAUUUAUUACGUUGAUGCUGCAAUAUUUAUAGCUACUAACAAACCAACCUUUACUUUGACACGUUCACAUAAUAUAUAAACAAUGGGGAGGAAAUCUAUGCAGUGAUUGUUUUCUAAGUACUACAACAUAAAAUGUCUUCAUAAUCAAUUUGAGAAUUGUUCAAGAAGUUAGGCAAGUAUUAAUAAUGAAAAAAAGUUUAAACAUUCUUCAUGAAUUGUUGCAAAUGCAUCACUGCAGACUGUCAGAAAUAUCUAUGUAAUAAUGUAACAAUAAAGACACAAACUAUCAUUAA